AUGUUAUUGAAAUUAAGCUCAGACCUCGCAAGACUUACUGUCCGUUCAUACAGUUCCGGACAUAAAGCUGCGAUGGCUUUCAACAUGAUCAAAGUCGACAAAGUCGGAGAGAAAAAGAAUGUCGCUUUGAUUACUCUUAAUCGUCCCAAGGCGUUCAAUGCGCUUUGUAAUGAACUCAUGACAGAACUCUCUUCCUCUCUUAGAGCUUUGGACACCGACAAAGAGAUUGGUGCGAUUGUUAUCACUGGUAGCCAGAAAGCCUUUGCUGCUGGAGCUGAUAUUAAAGAGAUGGUCGAUCGUAAGUUUGCUACUACAUUCGCUGGUCGCUUUUUGGAGGAAUGGACUGCUGUCAGCGAUACCAGCAAACCCGUUAUUGCUGCUGUCAAUGGUUAUGCAUUGGGUGGAGGAUGCGAAUUAGCUAUGAUGUGUGAUAUUAUCUAUGCCGGAGAUACAGCUCAAUUCGGACAACCAGAAAUUAAUAUUGGUACUAUCCCAGGAGCUGGAGGUACUCAAAGAUGGGCUCGUGUUGCUGGAAAGUCUAUGGCCAUGGAAGUCUGUUUGACUGGAAAUAGAGUUUCCGCACUAGAGGCUAAAGAAUGUGGUAUUGUUAGCAAAGUUUAUCCUUCGGAGAAAGUGGUUGACGAAGCCAUCAAGCUAGGAGAGAAAAUCAGCGAGCAAUCUCCUUUAAUCGUACAAAUGGCAAAAGAAGCCGUGAACUCUGCUUAUGAAACUACUCUCAGAGAAGGAUUAAGAUAUGAAAGACGAUUAUUCCACACUACUUUUGCUACUGAUGAUCGUAGAGAAGGAAUGGAAGCCUUCAGCGCGAAGAGAUCUCCCAAAUGGACUUCUUCUUAG